AUGGGAAAAUUUUCGAAAUCUGAGGAUAACAAAAAAGAGACUCAUGUGGAGUCAUCGGGCAACAAGAAAAGGAAGUCUUCGAACCUAAAGAUAGGCACCCAAGUCAGCUAUGGAAGCUCUAAAGCAAACAAAAGAAGGGAAGUGAACCCGCCCCAUGGCAGGAAAGCUUAUGGAGCCGCUAAAGAGGCCGGUGGUAAGGUUUAUUUGGGAAAUAAGCCAAGAUGCGAGGAAUGCAAUUUUUACCAUGAAGGUCGAUGUCUGAGGCCUAAGUGUGGAAAGUGUAGAAAGGAAGGGCACAACAAGGAUGCCUGUUGGGCGAAGGAUCCAGACGGUAGAGAUAAUGGGAAAUCUCCAGGCUGCUACAGGUGUGGUGAAAUAGGGCACUUUAGGAAAGAUUGCCCUAGGAAGAACCAAGUAAGAAAGGGUCUUCACGAUCGGAGCUCGUGA